UUUGGUAUGCUUUUCAAAUCUGGCCUAAAGCCACUCUACUCACUCGCAUGUACUAACAACACCAAGAAAUGGAUCAUCAAAUCCCACGGCGGAAUUUGGGAGGUUUCCGGCUUUCUAUAAUCAUAUGGGUCUUUUCUAUUGUGGGUGUUACAAUGAUAAUGAAUUUUACCGUCGAAGCGAAAUGUGACUUCAAAGCGAUAUUCAAUUUUGGUGACUCGAAUUCGGAUACAGGUGGGUUUUGGGCUGCAUUCCCCGCUCAGUCCGGUCCUUUUGGAAUGACUUACUUCAAGAAACCGUCCGGCCGUGCUUCUGAUGGAAGACUAAUUAUCGACUUCUUAGCUCAAGCUUUAGGCUUACCAUUUCUAAGUCCAUAUCUACAAUCAAUCGGAUCAAACUUUACCCAUGGGGCAAACUAUGCAACAUUGGCAUCAACAGUUUUGCUUCCUAAGACUUCUCUUUUUGUAACAGGGAUCAGCCCAUUUGCUUUAUCUAUUCAACUCAACCAAAUGAAGGAAUUUAAAAUUAGAGUUUCUCAACAAAACCCAUCAGAUACACUCUAUAUUGGCCAAUCACUAUUUCCAACUUACGACAUUUUCGGCCAAUCACUUUACACACUCUAUAUUGGUCAAAAUGACUUCACGUCAAACUUAGCGGCUAUUGGAAUUCACGGGAUGAAACAAUAUCUUCCUCAAGUUGUUGCCCAAAUUGCUGAUACUGUCAAAGAGCUGUAUGAUUUAGGAGGAAGUUCAUUCCUAGUACUUAAUCUUGCACCAAUUGGAUGUUACCCAGCAUUUCUUGUUCAACUACCUCACAAUAAUUCUGAUCUAGAUAUGUAUGGAUGCAUGAUUUCGUAUAACAAUGCAGUCAUCGAAUAUAAUGACAUGCUAAAGAAUGCUCUUGAUCGCACACGAAAAACACUAAUCGAUGCACAUGUAAUAUAUGUGGAUACUCACUCUGUUUAUCUCGAGAUUUUUAGGCACCCAAUGUAUCACGGGCUACAAUAUGGAACAAAAGCAUGUUGUGGAUUCGGUGGUGGAGAUUACAAUUUUGACCCCGAAGUGUAUUGUGGCAAUAGAAAAGUCGUUAAUGGAAGUACUAUAACAACAACAACGUGCUCAGAUCCAGAAAACUAUGCAAGUUGGGAUGGUAUUCAUGCAACUGAAGCUGCAAAUAAACUCAUAACAUGGGCCAUUCUUAAUGGAACUUAUUUUGAUCCUCCAUUUCCCCUUGGUGAAUAUUGUGAGCUUCAUCCGAUAGGGUAACUUAUAUGGUUUAAUUUGAUGCACGCAGUGAAAUAAAAGAAACAUAUAUAAUCAUAUGUAUGAGUUUUCUAUUGGAAACUAUUUGUUUUAAAUAAUCAUAAAUAUACAUUUGUUGGA